AUGACGCUACCAACAAUGCUGCACGUCAACCGCUCCUCGCCGAUGCUCAGCGCACCAGAGCUCCUCGACUAUUUCGACUACACGCGUGCUCUUGAGCCGCCGCAGCCCAGACGAGUACGAGUCGUGGACUCGGGCGUAGCGGGAUCGCCCAUCGCUCACCAGCCGUCACGCAUUGCAGCCCGUCGCGCCUUGGCCCCACCUCCACGUCCCCUCGAUACCAGUCGUGCAACGCUGCAAUCUCAGCGACGCAGCGAUGUGCAGGAUCGCGCGGACAGCGCAGCGCUACCUGACAGCGGGAGCCCAGACCCAGGCUGCCUUCAUCGCUGGACUUGCGGCGUCUCAAGCAAGUCAAGUAGGACCCACUCGCGAACGACGUCCAGCUCCUCUCGAGCAGCAUCCAACACUCCUGCCACGACGGUGAUAGACACAGCUGCGCCCAGUGCAGCCGCCUCGGUGUUCUGCCUACCUACGACGCCCGCCGGAGCGGUCCCAACAGGCAAGAUGGCUCGCGUUCUCGGCCUCUCCUCGCCUGAGCAGGCACAGAGCGGUGUCUCGUCCGCAGCGGCCAUGCUAGUCGCGCAUGCCAAGAGGGAGAAGGCACUCCAAACCGCGCCAGAGGACGAAUUGCCCGCCUUCCCAUGCCAGCGCGAGUCCCUCCAUCCGUUCAAGGUCAUGCAAGACUCGGUGCGUAAGCGCGGACCUCGCUCUCUGCGGCGGGGGACGGCGACGCAGCAUCGCGACUCUAUCCUCUCGACGAGCGUGUGGCCAAGCGAUCUGGUCCCAUCACCAAACGUAUCGCCUCGUAUCGGCGCAGGCGGUACCGCGGUGCUUCGUUCGCCAUCCUCCAUGCUCCACUCCUUCAAGCACAACGACGUAGACGAGUCCGAGCGACUCGUCCUCACGCCAGAGAGCUAUGCGACCGUACCUGAGGACAGCGGGGGUGUGGGGGUGGGCGGGGGAGGAAUAGAAACGUGGGCGCUCAAAAUCGGUGGGAUCGAGCUGACGAGGGGAGGUGGUGCGGGGCAGCUCACGCCUACGAGUGCGCAGAUUGAGGCAGUGGGGAGGAAGGUGGACUGGGUUGUGCAUCUGAGAAGCGCAGGGGAGAGGAGGGCGUGGCAGAAGACGAUACAAAUCCUGGUCCGCGAGCUUAUCAAGGAGGAACGUCGCUUCAGGACUGGUAGCGCUUCCUUCAUCAAGCUGGCCUCGCCUCCCUCGGCAUCGCGAGGAAGUGGCAGGGAGAGCGAGCUCCCCGUAUCCCCGCCUUCGUUCGCAGACGAAAAGGUCUCUCUCUGCACGGCGCUGGGGGAUGCGGAUCGUAUCUGGCAAAUCACCACGAGGGAGCGACGGCCGAGCGAGCGACGCCCCAGCUCGCACACGGCCACAUACUCGAGACGGCCGAGUGGCGCUACGACGCUCGAUCACAGGAGACCUAGUGCGCAGACUACAGUGACUGCGUUUAAGCUGCAGGACCCUUCGUGCGUCGAGGCGAGGCCUGCAGUCGCCUACUUGCACGACGAUGCUCACGAAGAGGCUCAAGAACGGCUGCGCGACAAUCAUGACCCCCUUACAGCGCGAACGCAACCGCAAUCAACGCCAGCAUCUCGAGCAGACUUCGAGCGCACUCUCGGCGAGUACGCUCGGUCGUGGGACCAAUGGGUUACUUCACGGCGUCAUCACCCUUACGCCAGUAGCGGGCUCAAGACGAGCGAGAUCAAGACGCGCGAGACCAAGACUCAAGCGACUCUUGUCCCACCUCCCUUACACCGCCGCUCCUCCGCCUCAAGCUACGUCGACUUCCUCGACCUGUCCCCACCUCUGACGCCGCGGCGCACCAAGGCUGGGAGGGAGGAGGAGGAUCACGAGGACGAGCAACUGCGUGCCGAAGUGGUGGAGAGUCUGAUGGAGUCAACGACGCCGCAGCGACGGCGUUCGAGCGCGGUAUUGGACUCGCCAUGGAGUGCAUCGACGUGCUCGGACAGUAGCACCGACACGCCCUUUGAGCGCAGCCCCAUCACACCAGCGACGGGGUCGGGGGCCGGGGAGGACUUUGCGUCUCAUUUCGUCGAGACCAGCAGCGGCGGCAGGUGCGGGGCUACGCAGACCAUCAUUGCCCGUGGAUCAGUCGCAGUCGCAGUCGCAGUCGAAGUCAGCGUCAGCGUCAGCGUAUUCGAGUCGCAGGCAGGCGCAUGA